AUGGCAGCUCCGGCGCUGUCAUCGUUCAAGAAGGCGACCGCGGCACCUGAUCUCCUGGCGGGCGAGCCUCAGAAAGUGAAGAGCUUCGCGAGCACAGUGCAACCUGGUCUGGAGCAUCGUCCCUUCUCAGAUGAAGAGAUCAAAGAGGCCUUUGCGACCUUUGACCUCGACAACAAUCGGUUUGUGGGCGCGGCAGAGAUCUCGCACAUCCUGAAGCUGAUUGGGGAGGAGGUGUCUCAUCAGGAGAUCGAUGAGAUGAUUCGCAUGUGCGACACCGAUGGAGAUGGGCAGGUCACCUUCGAUGAGUUCUACAAAAUGAUGACAACGCCAGCGCCGCCCCUGCCUCCGGAGGUGAGAUCCACGAAGAAGAAGCCCUACUCCACCAAGCUCGGGGGGGCCAAGAGGUAUGCGAAGCAGCUUACAGAAGCAGGCCCGACCUCUUUGGAGAAGGCUACGGCCGAACUUUCAAAGAACAAGGGCGACUGGCGCGCGCAGCAGAGUGCAGCGGCCGAAAUCAAGCAGCAGCGGGCCACGAGCGUGGAGCAGCUGAUCCACAAGCUCUCUGGUGGCAUGGGGAAGAUCAAGCCCUCGCAGAUCAAAAAGAUCUACAAGCGCUUCGGGGAUAUCGAUGUCGACAAGAGUGGAGCCAUCGAUUACGAGGAGUUCAUCCAGGCCAUGGACAUGGAAGACACGAACAUUGCGAGGCAGAUGUUCAGAGUCUUCGAUAUGGAUGGCAGUGGCAUGAUCGAGUUGAAGGAGUUCAUUGUCGUCCUCUCUCGGUACACUGCAGCUGCGAAGACCGAGAAGCUUAAGUUUGCCUUCAUGAUGUUUGACCAGGAUGGCAGCGGUCUCAUCGAUCGCCAGGAGCUGGUGGAAAUGUUGCGGGCGAGCUUUGUCGUGGAGGGCUACAGUCCAGAAGAGCUCGAAGAGCGUGCUGAUAAGAUCUUCGACUACCUCCAGUUGCCAAGAGAUGGAGCAGCGAUUGGCUACGAGGACUUCCUGAAACUCGCCUCCUCCAAGAACGGCUUGAUCUACCCAGUGGAGGAAGAGCGUCGUACCUUGGGCCAGGACAAGUCCAUCGACAAGUACUUGAAGGAGUGA